CCUGUCAUCCUGGAGUGUGGGCACAAUUUCUGCUGAGCCUGCAUCACCCAGUGCUGGGAGGGAUCCGAUACAGACAUCUCCUGUCCUCGGCGCAGAGAAACUGUGCAACAGAAAAAAAACAGGAGUACUUGUGGCACCUUAAAGACUAACAAAUUUAUUUUAGCAUGAGCUUUCCAACAGGCAGCUGGGAAACAUGAUAGAGAUCGCCAAGUGGCUGAGUUUACAGGCAGCAAAGGGAACAGGAGGAGACGGGGUGUGUGGGGAACACCAGGAGGCUCUGAAACUGUUCUGUGAAGAGGAUCAAACCCCCAUCUGUGUGGUGUGCGACAGAUCCUGGGCUCACCGCACUCACAUGGUGGUUCCCAUCCAGGAGGCUGCCCAGGAGUACAAGGAAAGAAUCCAGGCCCAUUUGAAGACUCUGAGGGAAGAGAGAGAAAAGCUGCUGGGAUUGAAAGCAACUGGAGAGGGGAAUUGCCGGGAAUAUCUGAAACAAACACAAACCGAGAGGCAGAAGAUUGUGUCUGAAUUUCACCAACUG